GUUCCUAUCUCGGAUUGCGUCUUUUUGGGUCCAUCCCUGCUUAUAGCGCAAUCUCUCUACCGCUCAGUUCGACGAUGUCAAGCUGAGACAGGGUCUUUUUAACUAGUUUGCCGAUAUUCUCAGGGCAGACAGAGCGUCGGAUCAAAAAGAUCGAUCUUAAGAUCGAUCUUAAAAAGCAAUUGCUAUUCCUAUCGCGAACAGCACUUCACAGUACUUGUAGAUGUUUUAAAAGAGGCGUUGCUUUAUGCUGUUACCACACAACAAGAUUUAACUCAUAACCUAAUUUACCGAUGAAAGAAGAAAUACGAAGUAAUGUUAAAUUAAUAGUCAAAAAUGGAAGUUGUAAAGGAUUACCUAGGAUCUAUAAAUCCACAUUGGGUGGCAGUGGUGGCAGCAGGCAUGUAUACUCAUCUUCGACAAAUUUGCAUAAUAGGCCUAUGUUUUGAUGACGACAACAGUUCUUCCUUUGAACCAACUUAUGCAUCAGUGCUGUUCACAUUUUCUGUGCUGUGUCUUCUUGCGGAGUACAGACUUUGGCCUAGAACACUUAAGGAACCACCAAUUCAACUUCUUUACAUUUACGAAAUGUUGGUGGCUGCUUUGACUACAAAUCUGGCGACACUUGCUGUUUGGGUUCCGUUUACGCAUGUCAUUUGUUGUUUAACACAAGAAUCAAGUAAAUGGUUACUUUGGCUAAACGGAACGCUGGGCUUUAGCCGUUAUUCCCCUUUAACCGAAUUUGCAUAUUAUAUGGCAGACAAAAGCGCUGAAACACACAUGGCAUUUUGCAUGUCGGUAUUGUCAUUCGUUUGGAUGCUCGAUGCAACGGAAUCGCUGGACGCAAUUUUGGACAUCUGGACCAAGUAGUGAACCAGUGAUGUUUAGUUUUGGAACAAAGGAAUCGAUUGUGGACAUUCCGUAAACGUAAAAGAAAACGAAUAACCUUCGCAAAUCCUGAAGUGUCAGAUUGGUUCAUCUACAAAUUCAUGUGUAGCAAGGAUCAAACUUAAACAAUAGACUAUAAUAUAUUUCUUAAAUUUUUUAACCUCUUUAUAUAUUGUACUAGAUCUUUCUAUGUGCAAACGAAAUAUUUGUAAUAAAUUGUGUUGUUUUGUAA